AUGCGUAUACUGUCUCAGAUCAUCGACGCGCAACGAGAGUCUUUCGACGUGACGGACUCUCCCCGCCUCCCCCAAUCGCCCUUGGCCGUCAAUACUUCUGCGCCCGCCUCGCCGGCCAUUUCCCUCUUCUCUGCGACGGGCCAUAACCGCGUCUCCAGUUCGGUCUCUUCUUUGGUAUCAUCGUCCGGCCUGGGAAACUCCAUGGACAGUCCGAGCCGGAGCCAAUUGACAGGCGUUCAAGAAGAACCCUGUGCACGAGACUCGUUGGAAGAUCAAUAUUUCCAGCACUUUGAAUGUGGCACGACCACCGCCGACGAACCCUACUUCCCUAUGCACCCCACUGAUAGCUACGACCUGAGCGACUGUGGCAUGGACAUCUCUGACUCGCCUAAAAAGCGGCGAUCCGAUAGCUUGUCGAUGAUGGGCGUCUCGCGCAUCGGCUCGCGCGUGUCCACCGUGUCUGCACGAUGGAAGUCCAAGCGCGCCUCAGGGAGCCCCGAACGCGACAUCUUCCCGGAUGAUCUGCGGUCUCGCGCCAACUCCGCGGCUUCAUCCGCUCUAGCCAGCCCCAUUAUUGCGAACCCGAUCACUCGCAUCGACUCCCAUGUCCCUCCGUCUCCCGCCCAGACAAUUUUUGAGGAGCGCAUGAGCAACUCUGGCACGCGCCCGAUUGACAUCACACAGGCAAACAGCUUCAGCCAGGAUGACAAUGACGCGCCGCAAGCCACGACUCCUCUGCUUCCCCCAUUGCUGGGCGAUGACUCAAUGAGCCUGGUCACAUCGCGUGUGCAGUCCCCGCUGCAGUCGCCCUCUGUCGCAGACGUGAGCGAAGCCGCAUACUACGGUGUGACCUCGGAUCCCCGAUUCGCCACAGUGGCCGGCAUCCCCUCCCCGCCACUUUCCUCCAAGCCCUCCGUGGCCUCAAUGUCGCGCCCGCGCGCCAGCACCGUCCGCACCAUCUCCGGCGAGCCAACACCGUUCGUUCUCUCCGACCCCAACGAUGAAUGGGCCAACAAGCUCGGUCACGCGAACUUCACCAUCCAACCGGAGCCGUACGUGCCAGCGAUCUGCGACCUAGAAAGCUUCCACCAGCUGCGCGCCGACUGGGACAUGGCGCGCUGCAACUUCGCCAAGCACCUGGUUCGCACGGGCGAGCACUACGGCGUGACCUCCAACAUCUACAAGCUCACUGGCGAGAAGUGGGAGUGCACCGACCACAAGUGGCGCGCGCAGCACGAAGCCCUCCUCAGCACACUUGGGUCCGUAUAUGGCGUCCCGCUCAGCCUGACCCAGUCCAAUCUACGCCCUUGCGAGCAGGUCUGCAUCCCCCGACUGCACGAUAAUGCCAAGUUCCCCGAAAUGGGUGACGAGGAUAUCGUGGGGCCGAUGGCUGUGUCACCGGUCGCGGAGAUCGCGGGCCCAUGCCGCCCCAAGUCGAUGAAGAAGCGCAAUUUCUUCCGCUUCUUCCAAGACCUGGUUGGCCGGUCUUGA